GAUUUAAGUGACAGUGACCUACAGCGACAAAACACAGCAGCUGAACCUCUAUGUACUGAAAAAUGGAGGACCACCAUUGCUGGGACGUGAAUGGCUCAGGAAAAUUCAGUUGGAUUGGCACACCAUCGAGGCCCUAGUUAUGUCAACAAAGGAGGGCAGCUUAGUGGGAAAGAUGUCCGCAGCUCUCCUCUCACCCAUUGUCAACUAUUACAACGACGAGGAGGAGCUAGACAGCAUCGACAAUGAGGACGAACGCAGUAUCCGUGGCCACGACUCGGAUGAAGAUACAGAGGAUGCAAGUGAGACAGAUAUUGCCAAUAAGCAGGAUGAAGAAGACUACCUGGAAGUAAAAGAGCAGAUGUACCAGGAGAAAUUGACGUCUCUCAAAAGACAGCUACAGCAGUUACAGAAAGGCACUUUGCAGGAGUAUCAGAAAAGGAUGAAGAAACUAGAUCAACAAUACAAGGAAAGAAUACAAAAUGCAGAGCUUUUUCUGCAUCUGGAGACAGAAAAAGUGGAAAGAAAUUACAUUAAAGAGAAGAGCGCAGCAGUGAAAGAAUUUGAAGAUAAAAAGAUUGAGUUAGAAGAAAAGAAAAAGUUGAUUGAGAAUGAGAGGCUAACAAUGGAACUCACAGGAGAUUCUAUGGAGGUAAAGCCAGUAAUGACUAGGAAACUAAGGAGGAGACCUAAUGACCCUGUUCCAAUUACAGACAAAAGUCGAAAACCUGCACCUGCACAGUUAAAUUACUUGUUAACAGAUGAACAGAUAAUGGAAGAUCUGCGAACUCUCAAUAAGCUUAAAUCUCCGAAAAGACCAGCAUCUCCUUCUUCUCCUGAGCAUCUUCCCAGCACUCCUGCUGAAUCACCAGCAUAAAGAUAUGAAGCACGAAUAGAAGAUGGAAAGUUAUAUUACGAUAAGAGAUGGUAUCAUAAAUGUAGGCAAUCUAAUUUGGAAUCUAAGGAGAAUACGAAGAUUGGCUGUGUAAUUAGCUUAAUUGGAACAAAUGAGAUAUGGGUAAGAAAGACAGGUGGUAGCAGAAAGAUGCAUAUAUAUCUAGGACAGCUGCACAGAGGAACCUUCAUUAUACGGAGGCGAUCUGCUGCCUGGAACUCUUAGCAAGUUGGAGGCGCACAUCUUCUUAACUCCCUAUGCUCAGAGGCCAACUUUUCAUGACUUUUAUAUGGAAAUCUGUAUUAAAACAAACAAGAUUAUUGACGGACGUUACCUGGAGAGGCACAGAAGACACCCCAGAGACUUGAGUUAUAAUUGGGUCUUAGACCAAAAAUUUUAAAAAAGCUUAUUAUAAUUUGAUAUUAUUACGUUACUCUGUUAUAACUUGAUAUUAUUAAGUUACUAAGUAAACAAAUGGUAGGCAUUUGUAUGUUAAGGGUAAGCAUAACUGUUUAGCAUAUACACUAUUAAAAUAAAAGGGGAGGAGUGUACCGUAUAGCCUACAGUAUAAUAAGGGACUACUUUAUAUUUUAGUAACACAUUGUUGAAUGCACUGUUAGGCACAUAUUGAGCAUGCGCUAUUAGGCGCGCAUUGACCUGUACGUGUGUGCCGAGUUUGGUUUCUGCCAGUAAAGAACCAUGAACCUUAGCUCCCGUCUCCAUCGUUUUUAUUAAUAGCAUUGUUGUGUAACCAGGCCACAUACACAACAUAACCCAUCUAAAUCAUAUAGUUAUUACAGAAAGGGGUGAUAUCAGAAUGUAUAAUCAGACCAGAUUUUUGCAACUGUCACCAAUUUUAUUUAAGAUUUUCUAUUCCACGCCAUUCUUGCUUGAGUAGAUAAUUUUCAUACAACUCACGUUUAUUUCAAAGUUCAAAGUAAAUUUAUUAUCAAAGUAUAUAUACGUCACCACAUA